GCGCAUGCUCAAAGUCUGGUUUUAGGCAGGUAUACUAUCUCGGGUUUACGCCCAGCAUCACGCUCCUUUGUGAAAUGCGAUUUAGACCGGCUUCGAUUUUGGCAUAAAUUAGUUACUCGGCCUAAGUUACGCCCUCAAUUUACACUUUUUUGUGAAACGGGCCCCUGGAGUGUACUUUGUAAUUGUUUCAAGCACAAAAGUAAUCCAUGUUGACAUAUAUUGAGGAGUAGAGAGCGAUACAGUUAGCGUCUAAAACAGUCACGCAGACAUCUUCUGGAAGUAGAAUUCUCCCCCGCAGUCGACUGUGCACAAGGUGAUGCUGAACUAUCAUUUUUGAAAUCGCGUCAGUGGCACGAUGAUUGAAAACAGGAUUCAGCGCAUUUUGAUGAUCACGUGUUUAACAGUUCUCAUCAUUUCAAACGGAAAAGCUGACAGAAAUAAGAUUACGGAAGAUAUAGUGAAAAUUAUCGAUGACUCUUUAAAAUGUCGGAACAAUCCCGCCCUCGCUAUCUCUGUAGUCAAAGAUGGUAACGUGGUGUUUUCCCGAGGGUUCGGGUCAAGGGUUGUGGGUCAACAGGUAAACGUGAGCGGAUCAACGCUUUUUGGGGUGGCUUCCUUAACGAAAGCGUUUGUUUCCACUUUGAUUGUGAAGUUGCUGGAUGAAAAUAGCAAGUAUACAGUUGAUACGCCACUAAGGAUUGUGUUUGAUGACGAGUCCUUGUUCAAGGAUGAGAUAUUAUCGAAGUAUGCGACGAUUAGGGACUUACUGUGUCAUCGGAUGGGGAUUCCAGGCAAUGACGCUAUUCGACUUGACACCAAUCUAACCCGGGAAAAUCUGGUCCAGAGGAUGAAGCAUUUGGAUGGAACUGGAAGAUUCAGAGAUAGCUUUUACUACAACAACUUAAUGUUUGGAUUGUUGACUCGAAUAACAGAGAUGCUUGGUGGAAAAACAUGGGAGGCAUUGGUGAAAGAACACAUUUUUGACCCAUUAGACAUGACCUCAUCAAACUUCGCCACAACGGCAGACCCUGAAAAACUCGAACUAGCAAAAGGUUACGUUGAUCAUAACGGUGAGCUCAAAGAAGUUCCCUGGGAGUUUUCCAGACGAUGGGGUAAAUUAUGUGGAGCGGGGUGUAUUCUAAGUACGGCUGACGAUAUGGCCAAAUGGAUGCAGUUUCAUUUGAGUGGUGGGAAAACUAGAAAAGGGAAAAGACUAUUGUCGAAAAGGGCAUUAUCCAUGAUACACACUCCACUGAUCAGAAUUGCUACCAGUACGACUUCAAAAUACUACACAAGGCCACUGUCUCCUGUCACAUUCAGCGACGAUUCUUAUGCUAUGGGAUGGAAAACCGGUUAUUACAGAGGAUACAAAAUCCUUUCUCACACAGGAAGCACUUAUGGAUACAGAGCCAAAGUAACACUGUACCCUGAUAUGAAUUUUGGUGUAUUUUCUGCCAUGACUGGCGACGAUCCGAACUUCUUUUAUAGGUUCAAUGUACACAGUCUAAUUUCGGAUAUGUAUCUUGGAGAGAAACCUUGGCUUAAUGCAUCGAUGAUGUGUUCAUUUCCAGAACUGUUCCAAAGCAAGCCUUCGUCUAAACCACAAAUAAACACUAAACGGAAGCCGGCCAGAAAUGUGAGGGACUAUUUGGGUUUUUACACAAAUAUUCCAUAUGGUUUUGCCACAGUGGCAAAAAAUGAAACACAACUGACGCUACAGUACGGAUUUGGUCGAUUUGAGCUCUAUGCCAAAACGACUAAGGACGAAUUUUAUGUUCAGUCGGUAGGGAUGAUAACUGGAUUGACAAAUUUCAAAUCUCUGAAGUUUAUUGAGUCAAGUGAUGGAACUGUAACCGCAGUUGAAAUUUCUGCUUUUGAAUCCAAAGACCCUCCCGUGUUCAGGAAAGUUUUGCCAUCGUCACACGCGCCUACCAACGCCGUCUUACCAACACGGUGCUUUAUAUUGCAAGUGUUUCUAACAGUCGUUCUCUCUGGUGUGAUUUUCUGUUGAUUUGAUAAUACUACACGUACAUACAAAUUGUAAAUGUAAUCUACAAGGUAUCUAGAGAAUAUUAAAACAAAUUUCAAAGCGUCA